AUGGGUAACUUUGAGAAAGGUAAGAAGAUUUUUGUUGAGAAGUGUGCCCAGUGCUACACUGUGGAAAAGGGAGGCAAGCCUAAGACUGGACCAAAUCUCCAUGGUCUGUUUGAGAGGAAGAGAGGUCAGGCAUCUGGAUUCUCAGAUAGCAACAAGAACACAGGCAUCAACUGGGGCGAGGAUAUCCUGAUGGAGUAUUUGGAGAAUCCCCAAAAGUACAUCCCUGGAACAAAAAUGAUCUUCGCUGGAAUUAAGAAUAAAGGAAAGAGGGCAGACCUAAUAGCUUAUCUUAAAAUGGCUACUAACGUGUAA